AUGGAGUUGACCUGCAAGCAUUGUUUAUAUUGUACUUCUUCAGGAAAAGAAUUAUUCAAUCAUGUUUUACUCCAUCACAAUGUUAAACGGGUGCCCAGUGUAAAUUGUGGUUUUCAAGACUGCCCAGUAACUUUUUCCACUUUGAACAGAUUAGAAACUCAUAUUUCACAAGUUCACAAUAAAGAAUCUAUGAAUAUUGAUACCGACGAAGAUGAAGAUAAUAACCAGAGUAGUAAAAUGUUUCAAUGUACUCAUUACAAUUGUAAUUACUGUACCGAAAAUAAAUCCACACUUCGUUCCCAUGUUUUUCGAAACCACCGAAAAACUAAUUUAGAAAAAGUAAAUUCUUUUAAUGAUCAACCUUCGGUCCCUGUAUCUAGUACUGAAACUAUGAUUUUGGAUGAUGAUAAUGUAGACAUAAGUACAAUCAAAGAAGAAGAAUUACUUACAGCUUUUGCCCAUCUAUAUCUGGUUUUAUAUUCGAAGCAUAAUGUACCAAACUCAACGCUGCAGUUUAUAAUCGAAAAAUAUCGUGUUCUGAUUAAUGAGUCCAAUCAGCUGGUGGAAACAAAAAUGAUAAGUGCAUUUUAUGACAAGGGAUAUAAUAAGACAGACAUUGAACCUAUAGUAAAAAUGGUUAUGCAGCAACAUCCUUUAAUUGAAUUACACUGUUCAAAAGGAAAAAUGGGUUCAGAUUUUAAAAGGAAAAAAGAGUACACGCGUCUUUUUCCCUAUAUUAAACCUAUAGGAUACAAUCUGGGUUUAAAUGGGAGUAAUAAACCUUGUCAAUAUCAUUACAUACCCAUAAAAUCAUCGUUAGAAAAUUUAUUUAAAUUUGAUUCUGUGUUUGAGCAGUACACAAAUAGACAAAAUUAUUCACCUUCACUAAAUUUAAUUGAAGAUAUAUAUGAUGGAUCUCUUUUUCAAAAUCAUCCUAUAUUUACCAAAGAUCCAACAGCAAUACAACUUAUCCUUUACCAAGAUGAAAUUAAUUUAGCUAAUCCUUUGGGAUCUGCUAAAGGAAAAUUUAAACUCCAUAACUUCUACUAUACAAUUGCUAAUUUACAUCCUUGGUGUCGAACCAGUACUGACCACAUGCAGAUGGUUUUAUUAUGUAAAGAAGUUGAUGUUAGGUAUUUUGGUCUUAAUAAAGUGCUUGAACCAUUAAUUUCAGAGCUAAAAGAUUUGGAACAGACCGGAAUAUAUGUAAGAGGCCAACUUAUUAAAGUUAAUUUAAUUGUAAUACUAGGAGAUAAUUUGGGUAGUCAUGGUAUUGGAGGUUAUACUGAGAAUUUUAGUACCUCUAAAUACUUCUGUCGUUACUGUGAGGAAUCUAGAGACAAUUGGCUACUAGCAUAUAAAGAUAGCCAACAUGUUGAGCAUGAUGAUGUUGAUGGAAAUAACUCGGAGAAUUCUCACAAUCAACCUACACCACGCACACAAGCUCCUGGUCGUACACGAGAAUCCUAUGAUUUUUGUGUGACUCAAUUGGAUAUCAAUCCUAAUGGUUUUCGUGGUGUUGUGAGUAAUUCACGUUUCAAUGAAAUUAAUAAUUUUCAUGUCGUCAAUACAAUGCCUCCAUGUUUAGCUCAUGAUCUUUUUGAAGGAAUUGUACAAUACGAUUUAUAUUUAGCCUUGACAUACUUUGAAAAAGUAUAUAAACUAAAAAAAGAAAUCAUAAACCGCAAAAUAGAUAAUUUUGCAUUUUUAGUACUUGAAAAAUUAGAUAAACCAUCAAGAGUUCCUAUUAAAGGCUAUAAUAUAGGCGGACAUGCUGUUCAAAAUUGGGUAUUUUUAAGGUUUAUUCCCUUAAUUAUUGGUGAUAAAAUCAAUAGAAAAGAUGAUGUCUGGAAAAUGAUAACAAUACUUAUUCAAGUUGUAGGGAUAAUAUGUUCUCCAUCAAUAUGUAAUGAGCUAUUAUUUCAUUUAGACAGUCUAAUAAAAAAAUACCUUAGUAUUAGAGUAAAAUGUUUUGAAGUUACUCUUCGUCCAAAACAUCAUUACUUGGAACACUAUCCACAACUUAUACAAGUUUUUGGGCCACUUAUGGGCGUUAACACGUUGUCAUUUGAACACAAACAUGUGUUCUGUAAAAACUUUGUUCGGACAUCAAGAAAUUUUAAGAAUGUGACCAAAUCCAUCAGUACAAAGCAUCAAUACUACCAAAGUGCAUUGACAAAAAACGAAAUGUUUUACAACAGUCCGGUCAUACAGUCUGCUAAUACUCUCGAGGAAUUUACUUAUGACAAUAAUAUAAUGAAAUGCCUCGUAUCUAUAUUUUCUGUUGAUGAGUUAAAUUCGUUGCAUUUUGGAACAGAAGUUAUUUACCGUGGAACUCAAUAUUGUAAAGAUCAAUGCAUUGUUAUUGGCUCUAAGACAAAUUUAGAUAUUUGCAAACUUAAACUUUUUUGCAUUAAAAGUAAAAAAGUUUAUGCAAUAGGGAUUCAAUGUGAUGGCAUCCUUGACGAUGAUUUUCAAAUUUAUGUAUUAAGUGUUAGUGAUAACUAUAUUAUUAUUCCACUUUCAAAUCUAAAAGAUUACACAUCAUAUUCAAUAUACACACAUAAAGAUCGUCCUGUAAUAGUAUUAAAACAUAUAAUCAAUUUAUAA